CACAAAACCUACCCGUAUACUCUCAACUCCCCCGCCGUUCGCGGCCGGUGCAUUUUCAUCCUGAAUAACACCGACUUGGUAACGGAAUCGACCUUUAAUACACAUCGAAGGCGAAUCAAGAGAAUGUAUGUUGUCCCUUUUCCUUGUUUGCAUCGAACUCGCAGUGCGUGAAAAUUGCUGUCCGUAGUCAUUUGUUGUGUUCUUAUCCAUUGAAGUUGAAGGUGCAAAAUGUCUUUUCAUGACAAGCAAUUCUGGGUUUCAAAGGGUGGUGGACAUCUAACUGAUGGCGAAACAGUGUUUGAUAACUCUUCCAGAAUUGAACCCAAGCGUUCCCAUCAGUGGUUCGCUAAUGCUGCUGAACAAGAGUUAUUCCCAAAUAAAAAGCAAGCUGUUCAGGCCCCAAAUAGCGCAUCAGCCUCUGGAAUUCCAACAAGUUCAAUUUCUUGGGAGACUGCUUCUAAUUUACAAUCUGUGCCAAACCAAUUUGUGGACCGGUUAUUCGGAUCCGAGACAACCAGGCCUGUCAAUUUUACUGAAAGGAACUUUUCUGAACAGUUUGGAAGUGAUUCCUCUGUUGCUUUGUCUAUGUCUUAUACUGUAGAAGACCCUGAAACAUGCAUAAGCUAUGGUGGAAUUAGAAAAGUUAAAAUUAAUCAGGUUAAGGACUCUGACAAUGGUAUGCAAGCAUCAAAGGAACACAAUGCUAACAUGUUCAUGAAUGAGGCAUAUGACAGGGGACAUGAAAGCAGUUUUGUAACAAUGCAGCAGACCUACAGUAAAGAUGACAGUGUCGCGUUAAUUGGUCACACCUACAACACGGAGAGUGCAAAUAUGAGAUCCAUGGUUUCUGCCUUUGGAAAGAGCAAUGACAAUGGCAUGUCUUUUGGUCACUCCUAUAACAAGGGGGAUGCCAACUCCAUAUCUUUUGGUGGCUUUCAUGAGGAAUCUGAUAUUGAUGCCUUGGCUACACCGGUGAACAGCUAUAACCUGUUAUAUAAUAAAUCGCCUGUUCAGACAUCAGAAACACCUGGCAAGAAGGAGUUGGAUGUGUCAAAUGCCAAUGCAGUUGUGAGUGCCUCUCAAGUAGCUAAAUCCAGACCUGAGUUAGCGUCCAAGAACAAGUCAGAAUCAAAAUCAGCUAGGAAAGAAGCUCCAAACAGCUUCCCUUCAAAUGUAAGAAGUUUAAUAGCAACUGGCAUACUUGAUGGUGUUCCUGUAAAGUAUGUUACCUUGUCACGGGAGGAGCUUUGCGGGGUUAUUAAAGGAUCUGGUUAUCUAUGUGGGUGUCAAUCAUGUGAUUACUCUAAGGCACUCAAUGCCUAUGAGUUUGAACGUCAUGCUGGUUGCAAAACAAAGCACCCUAAUAAUCACAUCUACUUUGAAAAUGGGAAGACCAUCUAUCAAAUAGUCCAAGAGUUAAAGAGCACCCCAGAGAGUUUGUUGUUUGAUGCGAUCCAGACUGUGACUGGUUCACCAAUCAAUCAAAAAGCCUUCUGAACAUGGAAAGAAUCAUUUCAAGCUGCCACCCGUGAGCUUCAGCGUAUUUAUGGAAAAGAAGAACUGAAUCUGUGAUGCUUAACACAGUGGGCCUUCAGUUAAUUUGUGAGAUAGUAUACUCUCUUUAAUGUGCAUAGUAGCAAAUAUAUAGUUUUGGUGAAUUAUCUCUAUGGAGUGGUGGAUCGUACGAACAUUUGAUGCCUUGUUUAAUUUUGAUGCGCCCAAGUAUAUAAAACUUUUUGGCGUCUACAUGGUUCUUUGGGAUGAGGUGUUUUGGUAGAUAGAAUCCAAUUUUACUUCAUAAUUGAAAGGAAAGCACUCUGUUACCAUUAAUGUGGCUCAAUACCUUGUAGGUUCAGAAUGAUUAAAUUGGAAUUAUUAAAGCCAGUUCUACUUUUUCUUCUACCAAUUGCCUAUUCUAAUUAGUCAAGGAUGAAGUGGUAGACGCGGGUAAAGAUUGCAAUAUUUGUCUUCUCCUCAUCUCUCUUAAAAAUAUGAUGGGACUCAGUUCCUCUAUGUUUCACUUGCUUGAGGGCCAAAGACGCAAACUAUUCUAAUAUACGGUAACUAUGGAAAUGAUUGGCACUGGUUUGAUUUCAUUGAGAUAGUGGUUUUCAUUACAAGGUCUGAGGCAGAGCAGAAGGAACAUGAAAAAUACUUCUGAUGAGUUACAUGGUUGGAGCCAACUGAUUCUGACACUACCUUACACAGCUUGUUUUAUGAUUGCUUUAUAUUUUUGCAAAUGGCGUGACUCGAAGUCAAGGUUGCUUGGAAAUUUCAGAAAGAAAAUGCAAAUUGAAGGCACUAGUCCAUCCACAAAUGGUGCAAGUGUACUUGCCUUCCUAGAUUUUGGAGUUUGAGGGACUGGCUCAAUGGAAACAGCAUCUGCCUGAAUCUCUUCUUGAUAAUUUGCUUGGACGGUUAAGUGUUUGGUGCUUGGGCUUGCUUUGAAGAAGCUGUGCAAAGUGUGCAAAAUCGUCUACGAACUGUGCUGCUACCACCAUCUUCACUGCUGGUAAUCUCUCCACUGUUUCUCUUGUCAUAUUCACCAGUUUAGCAAUAUAGCUUUAGUCUCCACGAUAGCUUUAAUGCCAAUCCGCAGUCACAGAAAGUUUUGUUUCUACUGUGUAGCCGAACUGAUUGGUUGAAUAUGUAUUAUAAUUGUACCUAUGUCUGCUUACGUAAUUGUGGACUUGAAAGUUUUUCGGGUGCCAAAUUUCUUUAUUUUCUCGACCAGAUCACU